GUUCAGAGCUUACCAACUACCAAGCAAAAAUGGCGUAUGAAGUUAUACUCUCGAAUCAGAAACCCACCUUAAAUUCUUGAUCCAAGCAGCUUGAAGAGUUACUACCUUUUGAUCCUUUUGUCACUAACCCAUUUCGCGAUUCUUAAUCUUUAAGAAGCUAGUAAAAAAACCAGUUUCGGAAGCUCAAAAAAAAAAAAAAACAAAAAUGGCCACUGAUCAAACAAGUUCAGAUUUAAAGAAUGCUUCAUCUUCAAGUUGCACCAGCGAUUUUGACAAUAGCAAUUCUAAUGUUUCCCCUUACGUGCGGCAUGAUGUUUUCGGUGACGUAUUCGAAGUCCCUUCUAAAUAUGUUCCUCCCAUCAGCCCAAUUGGUCGUGGUUAUUAUGGCCUUCUCUGUUCUGCUGUCAAUGCAGAAACGGGCGAAAAGGUUGCUAUCAAGAAAAUUUGCGAUGCAUUUGACAGUAGGAUUAAUGCUCGUAGAAUUUUGAAAGAGAUCAAGCUCCUCCAAUCUAUGGAUCAUGAGAAUAUUAUUGCUAUCAAGGACAUAAUUAGGCCUCCAAAAAGGGAGGAUUUCAGGGAUGUGUACAUUGUGUAUGAUCUAAUGGAUACUGACCUUCAUCAAGUUAUCCGAUCUGAUCAGAAAUUGACGGAUGAUCAUAUCCAGUAUUUCUUGUACCAGAUUUUAAGGGGAUUAAAGUAUGUGCAGUCGGCUAAUGUCUUGCAUUGUGGCCUCAAACCCAACACCAUAUUUCUGAAUGCAAAUUGUGACCUUAAAAUCGGAAGUUUCGGAAUGGCAAGGACAGAUUCAGACACUGAUUUCAUGAAAGCAUAUGGAAUCAUUACACAUUAUUGGGCUCCUGAGGUACUCCUCAACCGUUCAGCUUACUCUGCUGCAGCUGAUAUUUGGUCUGUGGGUUGCAUUUUUGGUGAAAUGAUGACAAAAACACCUUUGUUUCCAAGAAGAGAUUAUGUUCACCAUCUGGAGUUGAUUACAGAGCUCUUAGGCACUCCUGAUUAUGCAAGCCUCGAGUUUCUGCAAAGCGAUAAUGCGCUGCGAAUCUUCGAACAGCUUCCGCAGUACCCAAAACAACAGUUAAGAGAUAGAUUUCCUAAUCGGUCUCCUUUGGCAAUUGAUUUGUUGGAGAAGAUGCUUGUAUUUGAACCCAACAAACGCAUAACAGGUAAAUAGGAAAAAAAGGGAUAAACAAUCUGCUUUUUGAAUUGAGUUUUGAUGAGCUCUUAAAACUAUGAGUUGAUCACAUUUAAGUCUGAUGGAUCAUCUUGCAUUUGCAGUUGAUGAGGCUAUUUCUCACCCAUAUUUGGAAUCUCUUCAUGAUACCAAUGACGAGCCAAUUUGCAGUACGCCUUUCCACUUUGAUUUUGAACAGGAUUCAGUGACUGAAGAAAUCAUCAAGGAGCUCAUUUGGAAGGAAUCUGUGAAUUUCAUCAACUCCUGAUCCCAGAAAAACUUCUUUCAGAGCUAGCUUUUUAAUGUUAGCUUUUGUUGUACUCCCCCGUCCCCCAGUACUUAAUAUAAGGCAUUUUGAUUUAUCUUAGAUUUAACCUAGUACGCAUUUUUAAUUAACGAAAAAACCUUUAAAAUAUUUCAUAACGAUCAAGAGAAUAUGACG